AGUAGCAUCUGUUAUGAUGAUAGACGCAAUGGAAACGCGAAAACGCUAAACAGUUUUUAAGUAAAUAAAUAAUUUUUGCUGUCUUGUGAUAUCUUUUUCAAUGAAAUGGCAGGAAACUUCUGGCAAAGUUCUCACUUCCAGCAGUGGUUGUUGGAUAGACAAGAUUUGCUCAGAGAAAGACAUCAUGAUUUGCAAAUGUUUUCCGAGGAGGAAUAUCAAAAAGUGAUGAUAUUUUUUGCCAAUUUCAUUCAAGCAUUGGGAGAACAACUUAAAGUAAAGCAGCAAGUUAUAGCAACAGCCACAGUAUAUUUUAAACGUUUUUUUGUCAGAAAUAGCUUAAAAUGUAUUGAUCCUUUGUUAAUGGCACCCACAUGUAUCUUCUUAGCUUCUAAAGUAGAAGAAUUUGGUGUAAUUUCUAAUAGUCGUCUGAUGUCUACUUGUCAAACUGUAGUGAAAAACAAAUUCUCUUAUGCUUACCCUCAAGAGUUUCCUUACCGAAUGACUCAUGUUCAAGAAUGUGAAUUUUAUCUUUUAGAAAUGAUGGACUGCUGCUUAGUUUUAUAUCACCCUUAUAGACCUUUAGUAUAUUAUGUUCAAGAUAUUGGUCAAGAAGAUUCCCUUCUACCAAUGGCUUGGAAAGUCAUAAAUGAUAGCUUGCGAACAGAUGUUUGUUUGCUCUACCCUCCUCAUCAAAUUGCUUUAGCAUGUCUACAUAUGGCUUGUGUAAUCUUGGGUAAAGAUUGUAAACAUUGGUUUGCAGAGCUGAAUGUUGAUAUGGAAAAGAUAUUGGAAAUAACAAGACAAAUUCUUUCUUUGUAUGAUGUUUGGAAAGUUUUUGAUGAGAAAAAAGAAGUCCCUGCUCUUUUGGCUAAAGUUCCAAAGCCAAAAACACAACCUACCAGGCCUCCCUCACAAGGACCUGGUGGAACACCUAGUGAUCCAAAUAAUCCGGUUACUUGCCAGCCUUCUACUGUUCGUGGAUAGCAGCAGCAAACUGUUGUUAAAUUUUGUAAAUAUGUGUUUAUGUUUAAGGCUUGGGAUGGUUUGAGUGCAAGAAAAUGAGUUGUGGUUUUUAAUUUUUGUUAA